CCGCCCGCCGCGCUCAGCCCUGGCCCGCAGCCGCCGCCAGUGCCCGAGCGGCCCGCGCCGCGGCCAUGCUGGGCAAGGACUACAUGCUCGCCAUCAUCCUGGUCAACUGCGACGAUAACCUGUGGAGUGACCAGAACCUGGAGACAGAUCCUGAUCUUCCCCCAGGAUGGAGGAAAAUUCGCGACUCCUCUGGCACUUACUAUUGGCAUGUACCCACGGGCACCACACAGUGGCAACAUCCAUCGUGCAACUCUGGUCUGGGAGGAAGCCUGGGGCCUGGUGGUGAUGCUACAUUACAGGAAAUGGAUCUCCAGGCAGCCACAGUAAAGCACUUGUCUAAGGAGAUGCCCAUUCCCAGUCCAAUGGCAUCAUUGCCCAGAAGAACCUCACUGGCCUGGCACGGGGAGGAGUUUCACCGCAGCAGUAUGGAGCCAGGCUCUAAGUGCUUUGCUGUGCGUUCCCUGGGCUGGGUGGAGAUCCCAGAGGAGGACUUGGCCCCUGGCAAGAGCAGCAUUGCAGUGAACAACUGCAUCCAGCAGCUUUCACAGAGCAAAUGUGAGAGUUUGGACCCUGCAGGCAGCUGGGGUGAGGGCCAGAACAUGGUGAUGAUCCUGAAGAAGGACACAAUGAGCUUGGUGGACCCUCUGGACCACAGCCUGAUCCACUGCCAGCCCAUCAUCAAUAUCCGUGUCUGGGGGGUGGGCUGCAACAAUGGCAGGGAUUUUGCUUUCGUGGCCAGUGACAAGGAUACAUGUAUGCUGAAGUGCCACGUCUUCCACUGCAAUGUGCCUGCCAAGGCAAUAGCCAAGGCCCUGCAUGAGAUGUGCUCCAAGCUUAUGGCCGAGCGGGCAGUGACCAACAACAGCCUUACCCGAUCUGUUACACUGGAGCCCAUCUCUCCAGACAACCUGCCACUGCAAGUGGAUAUUCUGGAUGCUGUGAGGCAGUCUAUCCAGAAGUAUGAUGCCCUCUACAUUGGCAGCUUACCUGUGUCCAAAGCAAUGGGGAUGGAUGUGCUGAAUGAGGCCAUUGAGAACCUGACAAACAGUCAUGGCCGUGAGCAGUGGACCCCAUCCCUUAUCAGCGUGUCAGACUCGGUGAUGAAAGUGCACCAGGCAGAGGCUGACGAGGAAGAUGCCCACAUCUGGGAAUGCCAGGUCCGCUACGUGACCUUCAUCGGGGUUGGGAAGGAUGCCCACACCUUUGCUCUCAUUGUAGAUUUGGGGCAGCAGCAUUUCCAGUGUACGGCUUUCUGGUGUGAGCCAGAUGCUGGCACCAUCUCCGAGGCCGUGCAAGCUGCAUGCAUGGUGCAGUACCAGAAGUGUUUGGUGGCCUCCACCUCACGGAUGAGGCCAAAGGGCGCCUCACGCUCCAUGCUGAAAAUGAAGAGGACAGCAUCUGUUGACUCCCCAGGGUGCCCAUUUUCUGCCACAGGCCAUGUCCUGCAGAAAAGUGGCAGUGGCACCAGUACUCGCAAAAGAGGGGUCCUCUCUUUUUUGGAAGUGUUCCGGCAGAAGCAUUCUAUGCUACACACCCCGUAGACUGCAAGCUGUGGGCUGGGGAGGGUCGGUGUGGGGGGUGGGGGGUGGUAGAGACCAAGGCAGCAGCAAGGAGUCUGCUUGACUGGCCUGUGUAAAUAGCAUACUCAGAUCUGUUGGCUCUUUCACUGUAGCAAAGACCCAACAGGCCCAAAUGACAAGUCUAUGGCCUGCAGGGAGAGUUCCAGCUGGUUAUGGAUGUCCUAAGCAGAACCCUAGAGUCCCUUGCUAUGUAGAUGAUCCCAUGAGGAGCGGGGACACUGUGGGGGCACUCUGGGGAGUCGCAAUAAUGCAGCACAUGUACGUUUUCAAGUAGGGAAUGUUUCCUAAUAUCUGAAGCAGCAAAUUUGACAGUCAAGCCCAAUGCCAGCUGAGUUCUGCCCUCACAACCCAACUUGAGAUUGGAGGUAGAUGAGGUAGCUUGGGGGGCAGAUACCCCAGUCACCUCUGCUGCCUCUUGGGUUUCACUUCUGAACAGGAGCUCAUCUUGGUUGUUAGCUCAAGGUUUCCUGUCUGCCAGAGAAUGAGUGCUUAGCCUAUGAACUCUACCUGCAGGGCCAAAUAAUGGGAUUCAACUAUGUAGGCCUAGAUCAAUGUUUCUCAAUGUUUUAGGCUCAAGGCACCUCCUCCUUAGGCUCAAGACACCUCCAGAAAUUUCCAGUUCUUAAUUUUCACUCAUUUUUACUACAGAAAAAAAAUAGACCACUUAUUUUGUUGCAAAGAACUCAGAAAGACCACAGCAGGUCAGAAUGUUUUUGACACUGUGGAUUCCUAUUUGCUAUCUCGGGAUUUAACUUGUGAAUCAUGUUUGCACACUUAACAGUGCUAACAUUGUGUGACACCCUUGAAAGUCUCUCAAGGCCACAGCACCCUGGUUGAGAAUCACUGCCUUAGAUCUAUGUCAGUGGUUUUCAACCUUUUUUCAUUUGUGGACCCCUAAAAAAAUUUGAAUGGAGAUGCAGACUCCCUUGAAUUAUAAGUGUGGGUAUUCACAUGCUUCUGAUUGAUCAUAGUCAUCUUUUGAGGACACCUCUUAGAUACAGUCUGUGGACCCCUGGCUGAAAACCACUACAGACCACAGGCUGAAAACCACUGUUCUAAGUGAAAUUCAGAGCAGCCUGAACAUUGACACCACCACGGAGGAAAGAUGCUUCCUGUGGGCUGCUUGAGUUGCUGGCUUUGGAAACAAGGAAAAUCCUUUCCCUGGCAACUGAGUAAGCACCCUGUACAUCAUGCCCUGAAAAACGGCUGGAUGUGGUGCCAUCCCACUUCACUCAGUAACUAGCCAGUUAAUGAGGAACUGGGUGCAUCAGGGAGCCCGUAACAUUUACAGCAUGUAAAAUGUUUUCAUUCUAAACAAAAUUUGUGUUUCUUUUCCUUUCUACAAUGUCCAAGCCAACAGCCCUCCUGCUCUGAGGUUAACAUGCCUGGAUGACUGAUGAGAGCACUGCUUAGUGAGCCCUAGCAACCUCCAGUAGCCAACUGAUGCACACAGCUCUGGUGCCUAUGGAUGACCUGACCCUAAUAGACCAGCGUGCAUGGCACUGGCAUCAAUAACUAAGCUGACAGUUACACUGGCAUGCAGAGCCCAGCACUCAGGCCUAGCCCCACAACACCAAGCCAGGGCUUGGCUCAGCAAGGUAGUGUUAGUCAGGAAAAGAAAAGCAUUUACAAUGUCUGAAUAUAAAGCUCUGGCAUGGUCUCAUUGCCCUUCAGUGGACAGUCCUGUGUUAACUCUCAGUGUGGCUUGAGGUGUGCCCCGCAGCACAACUAGUGUUGCCAAGUUGUAGGAAUGGAGCAGAACAGAUGUCCAUCCAGCUGCCAUGAGCCCAGCUUGGCAGCCACAUGAAUCACCUGCUGUGUGCUAUGAGGGAUUGUUCUCUUGAUCAGUUUAGACAUCACCCCAAUCUGUCAACAUUGCCCAGUUUAUUAAUCCCCUCCAGUCAGUGCCCCUGUGGGGAGCCCCCUGGUAUGACAGACUGACGUCUACCUCAAUAACACUUUAUAUCUGAUCAUUUGUGCAAAUAAAACACUACCAUGCAGAAAACUG